GUUAUGAAGAAAUGCCGGUGAGCCGACCAGCCGGCCUCCGGCUGGUGUUAAAGGUGGGCGUCGCACUCACUCCCGACCAUGAGCCCCGCUCGGUGACGCCGCCGCCGGCGGUCGCCCCACUCAGGUUCAGCAUGGCCGCCAUCAAUGAGGCUGAGACACAGCGGAAGGAGAAGAAACACAAGAAGAAAAAGAAGAAGGACAAGGACAGAGACAGGGAACGUCACAGACACAAGAAGGAGCGGCGUCACCUGGAGGCGGUGUGGGCAUGCGGCCUGGAGGAGACGUCGCGGCUAAGCUCCGGCACCGAGCCGCUCAGCCAGGGCACCGCCUCCUCUCCGGAGCCGCCGUCCGUGCCGCCGCUCGCCGAGGCCGCGCCCGGCUGGCCGCAGGCUGCCGAGCGGGAGCAGCGGCCGGCCAAGAGCUCGCUGCAGCGCUUCCUCGAGUACCUGCUCAAGGGCCUGGAGAAGAAGGACACGCAGCGGUUCUUCACGGCGCCCGUCACCGACGCGCUGGCGCCCGGCUACUCCAACGUUAUCCGCCACCCGAUGGACUUCAGUACCAUGCGCACCAAGAUCGAGGCCGACCGCUACCCCAGCCUGGCCGCCUUCCAGAUGCCAGCGGACUUCCGGCUGAUGUGCUCCAACGCCAUGGCCUACAACCGCGCCGACACCAUCUACUUCAAGGCGGCUAAGCGGCUGCUGCACAUCGGCUCCAAGAUGAUGAGCCCAGACAAGCUGGCCAGCUGCGCCGAGGCCGCCGAGCCGGUCGCCGAGCGACUCAGCGGGUUCAUAUUCAAACGGCCGUACGUUAGAUUAGAAAAGCUAGCUGGCGGCGCAGCGCUCGGCGCCUGCAAAAGCGUGCCGGAGCCGGUGGAUGAGGAGGCGGAGGCGGAGGAGAUCUUGCAGCAGGCGCAGGCGGCCGCUCGGCGUGCGGCCGAGAGGCUGGCCGCCCGGACAACGGUACCCAAGCUGGGGUUCCUGCGUCAGCGGCCAGAUGGCAGCACGUCGCUGUCGAUCCUGACCCCGGCGGAGGGGGAGAGCGGCGAGGAGAAGCCCGUGUCUCUGGGCGUGCUGACGGGCCGGCUCUCGCAGGGCACGGCCCACCCGGCCGGAUUCAGGGAGGACAAACGCAACAUCACCAAACCCGUGAAGCCUGUGCACCACGGGCCGUACGGCUCGUACGGGCCCUGCUACGACUCCGCCUUCGCCAACAUCAGCGUGGAAGAGUCCGAGCUGCUGGCUCAGACGUACGGCGACGAGACGUGCCAGCAGUACGCCCAAAGUGUGCGCCAGUUCGCGGAUGGGUGCUACAUGGCCACCGAGAUGGUGGACAACCUGCUGGACAUCCUGACGGACGGACGGCAUCGACCUGCGCAGCAGGUGCUCGAACAGCACCGCCAGCUGGCCAUGGAGGAGCGCCUGGUCAGCGCCGCCCUGGCGGCCGCCGUGGCAGCCCCGGCUGCGCCCACCGGCCAACAGGUGGACUUCGCGGCGCUCAAGUCGCUGUCCUCCCUCGGCAUCGACGUCAGCUUUCUGGAUGCAAUUGAGAGUGAGGAGCGACGUGGCCAGGAGGCGCCGGGCCGGCUGGACCAGACGUCCGAGCUGAUCGCCUCGCUGAGCGAAAUACAGCGGCGCCGCCUCAGUCAGCCGCCCGACACGGCACCGGCGGCGCCCUCGCAGCAGGAGACCGAGCUGGCGGACGCGGUAGUGGGUCGCCUGACAGCGAUGGCGCGCCAGACGGCCCCGGGCGAGCUGGCGCCGACAGCUGCCGUGCGCAAGGCGCUCGGCCUGGGCCCGGUCACCGGCAGUCCCGACAACCCCAGCUCGCACGAGGAGGUGGACGUGGAGGCCGUGUCUACGGCCGCCACGCCGGAGGUGCGCCGCCUGGACUCACCGCCCGGCCAGCCCGGCCUGCACGACCUGCUGGCCGACGUCUGACGUCACCGCCGCCGGCCGGGGGAUGUCACGG